CUCUGCAUCCCAGACUCCUCGGAUCAAAGAUGUGUACUACCACACCUGGUUUAGUUACCUUUUUAAACUGUGCAGUUUUCACAUAGAACUAACAAAAAAGGACUAUAAAGAUUGAAAGAAAAAUCAAGUAGAGGUAGAAAAAAAUAGGAGUGGAAAAAGAUUGUAAUCAUAAGAUGGUAUGGUUUUGUACUUAAAUGGUGUAGCCAUUUUAAAAGGGAAUAUGUGCUGUCAGAUUUUAAUUGAUCUUUAUUUGCAUUGGGAAGUUAUUGAUCUAUUUCUGUUCAGGUCAAGUUAUGUCUCCUGGAUUCUUAGUCAUUAAAUACCGGUUGCAUAUGGGAAUUCAAGCAAAAAAAAAAGGGCCAUUGUCUCUAGCUAAUUAAUAGUAACUUGACACUUGUUUCUGUCUAGAGCAUGCAUCCAGCAAUGGCAACUCAAAACUACUGGCUACGAAACAGAAAUUCUCAAGGCAUUAAUAGUUCUCAGACCAGUCUCUUAGGCUGGACGGUAAAAAAGAAAUCAGACAACUUGAAGAGUAUCUUGAAAAAAAGCAAUUUAGUGGAAGAACCUAAAGAUGCUGAUGGUCAAGAUGAAGAUGCUCUGCUAAUAGCAGUAGAAUACUUUCAGAAAGGUUCCAAGAAAGCUUCACUGAGUAAAGAUAAGAUCUUGGAAAAACACAUGAAAACUGUGGAAAAUGUGGCUUGGAAAAAUGGCUUAGCUCCAGAAGCAAUUGAUGUUUUAUUAAAUGUGGCACUCAGUGGCAAAUUCGGGAAUGCUAUAAACACAAGGAUGUUAAAGUGCAUGAUUCCAGAAACGCACAUAUCAGAAGAUUCUGUGGUUAAGGCAGUAUCAUGGCUCUGUGUUGGCAAGUGUUCUGAUAAUACCAAGGUACUUUUUUAUCGUUGGUUGGUCGCAAUGUUUGACUUUAUUGAUCAUAAGAAGCAAAUUAAUUUGCUCUAUGGCUUCUUUUUUGCUUCAUUGCAAGAUGAUGCUCUGUGCCCCUAUGUUUGCCAUUUGUUAUAUUUACUGACCAAAAAGGAGAAUGUCAAACCAUUUCGUGUGAGAAAAUUGCUUGAUCUUCAGGCCAAAAUGGGAAUGCAGCCUUAUCUCCAGGCUUUGUUGUCGCUGUAUAAGUUCUUUGCUCCUGCUUUGAUUUCUGUAUCUUUGCCUGCAAGGAGGAAGAUCUAUUUUAAUAAUUCAAAAAGCCUGUGGACUUCAGCUCUGUUUGCUAUGAAGCUAAGGAACCAAGGAGCUCUUCCAGAACCUACAAAGCUGACCUUAGGUCUGACUAAGGACCGUUGUCUGAAAAGAAAAUGGAAUUCUCACUCAGUUAUACCAGCAGUAAAUUCUGCUAACAAAGAAUGUAGGGGGAAGAAGAGUGUUUUUGAUUACCUCAGCAGUGACACAUCACUUCCACUAGAAGAGCUGCGAAGUUUCCCUCAACUCCUACAGAACAUUCAUUGCUUAGAGCUACCUUCUCAGAUGAGCUCUGUGCUAAACAACUCUCUGCUACUUCACUAUAUUAAUUGUGUCAACGAUGAGUCGAUCUUCCUGAGGCUCUGUUACUGGUUGAGUCAAGCAUUACAAGAAGAAUGUAUAUGGUAUAAUAUUAAUGAUUCUGAACAAGAAAAAGAAUUUAUAAACUUCCUGGACACUGUCAUCAGGGUGCAGUGCUUCCUACAAGAGGGGUUUUGCUCCUGUGAAACCUUCCUGUAUAAAAGCUUGCCUCUCUGGGAUGGCUUCUCCUGUCGGUCACAGUUUCUUCAGCUUCUGGCCUGGAUUCCAUUCAGUAGCUUCUCCGAGGUGAAGCCACUUCUUUUUGAUCAUCUCACACCCCUCUUCUUUACAUCAACCAUUUAUUUCAAGUGUAGUGUUCUUCAAACUCUGAAAGAACUAUUGCAGAAUUGGCUGUUGUGGCUUUCUACGAGUGCCCACGUGCAACCAGUGACAGACAGUCCCCUAGAGACAACUCUGGGUGGAUCCAUGAACUCUGUGUUGCAGUUGAUUGAGUACGUCAGCUGGCUGUCCGUGAUUGCAAUGCGCUUGGAGAGCAACAGUACAUUGUUAUUGCACUUUAUUUUGGACUUCUAUGAGAAGGUAUGUGACAUAUAUAUAAGUUAUGGCCUUCCAUUGGUGGUAUUGUUUCCACCUGUGGUCUUCCAUUCUGCACUUCUAAGCCUGGAUGCCAGUGUCUUGAACCAACUCAGUUACAUUAUGUACAGGUAUCGCACUAAUUUGAUAGCUGCAAAGAAAAAGGACGUUUUACACACGGAAAAAUACGAGUUCAGUCUUCCCAGCAAAAUCUAUCAGGAAUUUAAUUUCUAUUUGAAAGCUAUGGUUUAUUGCCUAUGGGUAUCCAAACCAUUUGAGAAAGGAAUGUACAUUGAUCCCCAGAACUUAGAAGAUACUGGAGGAACAGAAUAUAAGCACAGCUUAAAUUUAGUCCACCAUCCUUCUCUAAUGAGCUAUGCAGCUUCUUUUUUGCUACAGGAGAGCCCAGAAGAAAGGACUGUAGAUCUGAACUCUAUUCGGGGGAAGAAAUGGAACUGGUAUUUGGACUAUUUAUUUUCAGAGGGUUUUCAAGGCUUAAACCUUUUCAUAAAAAGUAGUAUCCGCCGUUCUUCUGAAUCCCAAACAGAGGACAAUAACACAACGGUGAACAUUAGAUGAAUGUUGACAUAAACAGACUGGCUGUGCUGGACUAAAUUCCUCAGUGCUAGAGAGGCCAAGUAGCGCAGCCAGCUCAUAAGCCGACUGUUUUAAGGAGUAUUCAGACUGGCCUUCUGUGUGUGGCUCAGGAAAGGCUUGGUGUUGUUGAAUUUAAUUUUAGCAUUCAGAUAUUUAGCUUACUAA